UGGCCCCAAGCAUUUUUCCUGUCGACUCCCUGCGUCAUGAUCUCGCGCGUGGGGCUCGCAGCUGCCGCCAAGAGCGGUACGGUCGCUCGAGCUAUCUCGACAGAGACCUACUCGUUCGUUCAAGCUCGCGCCGGGUACCGUAAGGAGAUCGUGUCGCUGCGCAAGGAUUUCAUUGAAGAGGAAAAGCGUCGCAAAGAGAAGCUCGCACGUGAUGCAGAGGCUCAACGCCAGAUAAUAAUGAAGGCUAAAGCGGCCCGACUAGAGGUUAAGCGCCAGCAGCAGGCUAUUCGUGCUAAGGAGGUUGCACGUGAAAGGGCCAUCCACGACGAGAAAGUCAGGAAAUACUUCGAGGAGAAGGUGGUGGUGCGACAGGAGAGGAGUGCCGAGGUGGAGCGCCGUCGUGAGGCGCUGGUGGCCUCGCUGCGCCAGCAGUGUGCCAAAUGGACAACUGAUGAGAACUACACGGAGAAGCUGAAAGAGGACGUUUUUAUUUACUCUCCGCAGCAGAUCUCAGCCCGGGGCUCGCUCGACCCAUCGAACACAUCGGGCAGCGCCGUAUCCUGGCUGGAGAAACUCCAGCGUAUGAAGCCUGCUGGAGUGCACGAUAGCAGCGUUGAGGCCGCUGCGUCUGCCGUGGCAUCAGCUGCCGACGAGGAGGAUGCCAUCACGUACGCCCCCAGCAAUGACGACGACGUGGAAAUGUCCAAGCCGAAGCAGGAAGACGAGUAAUCAGCCAAAGCCAAGAGUGCCCGCCGCUAUUUCUCACUUUUGGCACCAGUACACACUA